CCUGUAGGAUUCGUGUGUCUAAUCGUAAUACAAUGAAUGCUGUGCCAUCUGAUGCUUUCCAGGCUUGUCUCCUCGCAUAUGACAACGCCCGCUCAGUGCUGGCGGUGCACUCUGUGAAACGAUCAAGACCUAUCUCCUUGUCUACCCGCCUCGUGAUGCAUAACAAAGCCUAUAUGUCCCCUCGCGCAAGCUGUAAGGCGAUGAAACUUGCCAGAGCGCGACGCGAUGAAUGCGGCGUAUGAGCUGAAUCUGACGCCCCAUCGACUAUCCGGUAAGUACGCCGUCGUUUGCUGCCGUCCGCAUUCCCCGCUGAAGCUAGGCCGCCGGUCUCACAGACCUCCCUUCGGACAUCGAGUCCCGUCUUAUCUCCGCCUCUCGGUCGGUAACAGCGGAGUCGGAGGGUUGGCCGUUGGGAAAGCUCUUCAAGCGCGGGCUAGUGGAGGUUCAGACGUCGCAUGCAAUCAGGUCCGACGGGAACUCGUGGCACUCGCGCGUCAGUCGGCAUCCUCUGCCGUUUGACCAGUUUUGGGCGCUCCUGGGAAACGAGUGGAUAGAGACGAAGAAGGCGUUCAACGAUCUCUACAUCCACGAAAUCAAGCAGGUCACGCUAGUGAAGACGCUCUCGCGCACCGCUUCGAUAUGGCGCCUCGAUUAUGGAUUCUCCGCGCCCAUAUCCCCGCGCGUGUUCACCGUGCUACAAGUCACGCAUCUCGACGACUCGGCAGGUCCGCCCGCAGGGUGGGUGGUCCAUGUGCCUAUUGAUAUCGAUGAUCUAUGCACAACACCCCCGGGCACCAUCACCGGUCGCUAUGCAUGCGUCGAGCGGAUCGUGGGGCUUCCCGGUGGAGAAACCGAGUGGCGGCUGGUGACGUGCAGCGCACCCGGGGGCCUCAUCCCCAGGUGGCUGGCGGAGAGAUCCCUGCCUGCCCGUAUCGCACUGGAUGUGACCAGCUUCAUCGACUGGUAUUACACCUCUCACUUGCAGGCACGAGAUGUGAAACAGCCGCCAAGCUCAGAGCGGCCCGUGCUUGGAGUUGCCUUGGCCCUGGUGAACGUCCUGACUUUGUAUCAGCGAGGCAUUGUCACAGCACUGCUGAUGGGAGUCGGUGCGUCGCAUGGUGAUCUCCUCCCUUGGCUUCCAUUGAUUCCAGUGCUGUCAGGAUCGGUGAUGCUCUACCACUGGAUCAAGCCGUCGCUGGAUAGAGAUUGGGUCCCAUGGACAGACCGGUUGCUCAUCGGAAUGCGCGAUCCCAUGAUUCCCGCUGUCCUAGAGCUGGGUGGCAAUUUGUCCUUGGACCGUGCCCGAGAGCUGGUCUGCUCGCGGCUGAUAGCUUCGGUGCCUCGGAUGUCGGACCGCCUGGUCGUCCCUACGUCUGGUGCACCUUAUUGGGAACGGUGUGCUCGGAUGGACGUGACAAUGCACGUCAGGGAACACAAAGUCGAUGGUGCAGGUUAUGCCCAGCUUCGAAGCGUGAUCGAAGCGCUCGGCAGAGCUCCUGUCGACUUCUCGCGCCCGCCCUGGGACGUUUCUGUCAUCCACCUUGGUGAUCUCGAGACCGUCGUUUUCGUUCGGGUGCAUCAUGCUAUCACCGAUGGACGGGGUGUCAGCGAUCUGCUCAUGAGGUGUGCAGACCAGAGUCGGCCGCCGAGAGAGAGGAUAGCGCCGCAUGCAAGAGCAUCGACCCUUGCUAGCCUCCUGGAUCUCCGGCAUCUCAGUCGGCCCCCGGAACGUACGAGCGCUAUUAAACGCCGGGAGCCGCUCAGCGAAGCUGCAGUCGCAUGGACUCGACGCCCAUUCAGGAUAGACGACCUGAAGGCCUCUGCCGGACGCCUGGGCGGUGGAACGAUCAACGAUAUCCUGCUAGCCGCUGUCAGCGGCGCGUUGCAGAAGUAUUUGUCCGCCGGCUCACAUCACAUCUCAUGUAAAUUGCCCGUCGACGUUUUCUCGCCCACGGACCUCUCGCCCGAUGUCGUCCUCGGAGUCCAUCUAAGCGAUCUCAAUGUGCCGUUGCCGGUGGACGAACCCGACGCCUUCGCGCGUUUCGCUCGGGUUCGCGAAACCAUGAGACAGGCGAAAUCUGGGUAUCGGACUGGACUGACGGCGAUGGCGUCGCGUCUUGUCGGUGGGCUUCCUGCCCGGAUGCGACUGGGCAUGAUUGCUGCGGAUGCACAGACGGUGUCGUGCUACGUUAGCAACAUGAGAGGACCCGCGAUACCGCUGACGAUCGGCGGAGUGCCGGUCGACACGGUUCGGUGUCAUCCUCUGGGGCUGAACAAUAUCGGUGUCGGAGUCGCGGUCUACAGCUACAACGGGGCACUGAAUGUGGCCGUUUGCACCGACAAAGCCCUCAUACCCGACCCCGAUGCUCUUUGCGAGCACCUGGAAGAUCAGCUCGAACACCUCGCGAAGCUCGAUGUGACGGGUGUACGGUUCCUCGGCCAGUCCCCGAUGUUCUGCGCGUCGCACUCGAUCGAACUUGCAUUUCCCAUCCAGGCGGUGGCGCCUAUCCUGCUCCCAGCCGAUGCCGGCGCAAUCAGCCGGUUCCUCGUCGGCACGCGCGAGCCGUCGCUCGAGCUCGGCACGGACUUCACCCAUCACGGGGCAGAUUGGGUCGCCAGCUUCGACCUGGGCGUGGUUGGCUCCUUGCCGCGGAUCAGCCAGCUGGAGACAGGGACUGGGCUCCAGCGGGACUGCUUCACGGUUGUCGACAGAGUCCCGGUCGCAUUUGGGUUGGUGCAGCAGACGGUGACCGUCAAGUCGUGGCAGAUCCUGGAUCCUGGACACCACCGGUCUGCGUAUGAGAUUGCUGUUCAGGGUGCCGGGGUCAGGGUGUGGAAGAGCCGGCAGUUGGAAGACUUGGGUCCAGGAAAGACCAGAGUUGUUGAGCGCAUGUGGGGGGUUUGCCCUUGGAUCCUGAAAGGCGUGGUCGCCAAGGACUCUGUGGCUAGUCUCCGGAAGUCAAUGGAGAGAUACCCUGAUAUGGUGGCCAAGUACAAUCCGUGAUACGUCUCCGUCAACAGUUCCUAGUUCAUGCGUACAUACUUUGUUUCAUUCUCACUGUGCACUAUUACAGUCAUUUUCCUUUGCUUGGCCCGCCAAAACUGCAGCCAGGCGACGCGGCGCGUGCUGAAUCUUUGAUCACAUCACAAGUGUAGAAGCCGAGCUGAUCCGGCCCCGUUUACCCACACUUAUAAAUUGUUUGUCAACCGUAUCGAAGAGGGGACGAGUAGCUUACUGAUACUUAGGGAGCAGAUUACGUGACAAGUACCAAUCGGUGUAAUCGAUAACUUUGAGCAGAUACUAGUCAUACAUAAUCCCCAGGCUCCUCAAUACAACCCCAUCUUUACAGAC